UCAGGCUGACGCCUUCCCGCCCGGCGCUGUAACCACUUCGGAAGGAAGGCAGAGGCAAAGCUGCCGCCCUCGGCAGUGUCCCGGGGUUCAGGUGCCCCAGCCCCGGGCGUGCGGGUCGCCGUGGGGCCGGUGGAGCGGCCCGGUCUCCGCCAGCCCGUGAAGAAGGCCGGCCGCCCGCCCGCCCUUCCCCUCAGGAACCAGCCGCGCUGUGGAGCCGCCGGCCGCGACACCGCUGGCAACGACACUUCCAAAUCUCUUCUUGCGGUCCCAAAGUGUCGUCUUCGAGCCGGCCUUCUCCAGAGCUGCAGCUUUGGGAUGAAGAUGACGGUGUUGUGACGAAACCUGCCGCAGGGGUGCACUGGCAAAGAGGAAGGUUUGUCCACCACCACCACCUCCUCGUCCUCCACCAAGAUCCGGAUGGGCUGGGCGGUGACGGGCGGCUCGUGGCGAUGCACCGUGUUCCUGAGGAAAUCGUUGUUCUGCAAGACACAGACAGCCCCUCUCCGGGCUUCACGAUGAGGAUGAUUGAGAGCGUUGACUCCGUGGUCACCAGGUCCAGCGAGGACCUCUGGGCUGAGAUCUGUGCGUGCCUGCCACAUCCCGACCAGAAGGAUGCUAGUGACGCCUUCACAGACUCCUUCAUGGAUUCCUACGUGGCUGGAGAAAGCCAAGGCAGUGGAUCAGAGGGCUCUUCCCAAGCUAAUGCAAGGCCCUGGGCACCCCUGAAUGAUUCAGAGGUGUAUUUAGCAUCCCUAGAGAGAAGGCUGAUGAGAAUUAAGGGCUUGUCUCAGGAGGUGACCUCCAAGGAGAUGCUGCGCACCCUGUCCCAGGCCAAGAGGGAAUGCUGGGACAGGUUCCUGCAGGAGAAGUUUGAGUCUGAGUUUUAUGUAGAGGGACACGACUCUGACGAGAGCACUCUGGAGCACCUGAAGCGCUGGCUGCAGCCCGAUAAGGUGGCCAUCAGCACGGAGGAGGUGCAGUGCCUCAUCCCUCCAGAGCCCCAGCCAGAGAAGCAGGAGGCUGAGGAAGAGCCUCCAGCUGCAGAGCAGUGAGAUCUGCACCCACCCUGCCACGGUGCUGCCUCUUGGCUGGGCCCUCAAGUCCUGACUGGCAACAGUGAUAAUAGAGGUGGGGAGGGAGGGGGCAAAAGUGCCAACUGUCAGUCAUUUCGACAUUAAAAACACUCCAGCCCACACAAAACCCCAGCUCUGCCCCUCCAGAGCUCCUGACUGGCAUCUCUUAGGGACAAGAGAGCCUGUGACACAGCAUAUGACAAACUGAAACCUCAUUUGGUGUCCUCCCAGGCUGUAGCAGCCCCAUCCUUCCAGUCUAAGUGUGAACUGUGUGUCAGCAGGAGACAUGUCAGGGAAAAAAAGGAAAGCAGUUGUUCAGGAGCAUGAGAAAGCACAACAGCCUGGCACAGAACAGCUAAAGCCACUGCAUCUGGUUUUCUUCCUGUCUUGUACCUUCUGCAUGACUCCAUUGGGCAUUUUGUCUCCCUGCAAAGCCCACUGUGGUGUGCUCUGGAGCCCUUCCCCACCGAGCCCUGAGCUGUGCCUGGAGGAAGACCAGUGUUUCCUACACGAGUUUGGAGCCCUCCAGGCAGCUGUCCUUGCUUGAAUGAACUGAUGGUGCCCUUGACAUUGUACCUGCUCAGCAUUCCUCUCCAGGUGAUGUACAACAUCCUCCUUGCUGCCCAAACUCUGUUGUUGAGUAGACUGCACAGGGAGUAUUUUUUCCUCCUGGACAUUUUGUACCUGCUCUUUUUGUCCUCCAGCCUCUCCCAGAGCAGGUCAGGUGAGAGUCUGCAUCAGGAACCCAAAGGUGAUAACAAGCAGGCUACAGAUAACUUGUUUUCUUCACAGACUUGCACAGAAUUAUCUGACUCUGGGUAUGUUCCAGUGCUUGGUUGGGUUUUGGUCCUGUUUAGCUCUGCAGAGGGUUGUUUCCCAUGACUAAUCAAAGACUCUGUAACCAUGUGCUUCUGUGAGAUGGAUUCCUCUCUAAGCUGACACGGGUGCUGCAGGUUGGUGGGGGGAAGCUGCACCCAUCCUGUGUCAGAUGGAGCUCCCCAGGACAGCAGGGGCAGGGAGAGCUCCAGGAGGUUCUGUACAGCAGCCACACUGUGUUUGUUCAUUACAUGUCUGGAUGAAAAAUACACCUAAAAGUAGCUUCUUGA